AUGGUGGACAAGAUUGCGCAUGCGCUUCGCAAUAUGAACGACCUGGCAUGUGCCCGCGAAUUCGAAGCACUAAAACCUUCGCUGGGAUCCAGAGCGGUCCGCCCGGUAGUUCUCAUGCGUUCGCCGUUGAGUUCAACGGGCAUGGACAGACAUCUCGCGCAGUUCCCUGGCAAGGGUGCCGUUGAUCCAGAGCAGGCCAAGCAGCUCUAG